GGACGUUUAUGGAGCACUUCCGGUGCUCUAUCAGCGCUCUUGAAAAUCGACAGGAGCGCGAUAAGGAGGCUUAUAUCAGCAGACCCCUCGAUCACCCACCGAAUUGACCCCCGGGAUCACAUGGAUCUGGACACUCCGACCGCAAAUUCAUCUUAAAUCUGGAGCCGUGGGUCCGGAAGUCGCAGCGGCCGAUUAAACCGAUUCAUCGAAAUCGCUAAGCUAGUUAGCAGUUAUCCUGAGAGGAUGUUAACGUCGAAUUAGGACGAUUCGACUGCUGCAAUGAUCAAUAAAAUAAAAAGCGAUGAUCGAAUGCUGCUCACACACCCAGACAAUCGAUCAACCUGACAGCUCGUCUUGUUUACGUUUCAGUUUUAGCCCGUAUCGACAUCAGCACAUUCGGCGGUCUUGUCAGAUCUGCGUUCCGCAUAAAUAUAUAUCGUUCAUUUCCACACGCAUGCAUGUUUAGUUUAGCACAAAAAUACAAGAAAUCUAAUACCUCCGUGCGUAUGUUGCUACCAUUUUAAAGCAGAUACUUUAUUUAUUUUAUUUGUUUUAUUUACCGACCGAACGCAUUUCGCUGAUUUCGACACGCGCCUUCUUUAUUAUAAACUGGCGCUCCAUCGGCAGAUAAACAGGUUUUUGCACAGUUUCCGACGCCCCCUGCUUUUUUCUUUGGCUUUGAGUGCCGCACGCGUCAGCGCGAGGUCAUGCGCCCCCUUUCCGAGCAGCUGUCAAUCACCAUCGUUCGCGAGAGGUCGCAUUGAAGCUUUCUACGGCAUCGUAGGAUUUUACUGUAUCGCACACGGUAAUACACGACACACGCGCUCGAUUCCUCACUGUCGCGUAGAGAGACUCGUCGUUGCGGGUGGAGAGAAGGCGGAUCGACUGGCCAUGCCCGGUCCGGUGAGCAGUAAAGCCCGGGUGUAUGCUGAUGCCAACACUGUCAAGAGUAAAGAGUAUUGGGAUUAUGAGGCUCACGUGCCCAGCUGGAGCAACCAAGAUGACUACCAGCUCGUGCGAAAGCUCGGAAGAGGCAAAUAUAGUGAAGUGUUUGAAGCAAUCAACAUUAACAGCAAUGACAGGGUAGUUGUUAAAAUACUGAAGCCCGUCAAGAAGAAGAAGAUUAAGCGUGAGAUCAAAAUUCUGGAGAACCUGAGAGGAGGAACCAACAUCAUUCGUCUUGUAGACACAGUGAAAGAUCCUGUGUCUAGAACGCCUGCCCUUGUGUUUGAGUACAUCAAUAACACAGAUUUCAAGGACCUCUACCAGAGACUAACAGAUUUUGAUAUCCGGUUUUACUUGUAUGAACUUCUCAAGGCUCUGGACUACUCUCACAGCAUGGGCAUCAUGCAUCGGGAUGUCAAACCUCACAAUGUUAUGAUAGACCAUCAAAUGAGAAAGUUGCGGCUCAUAGAUUGGGGUCUAGCUGAGUUCUACCACCCCGCACAGGAAUACAACGUACGGGUUGCCUCAAGAUCAUACAAAGGGCCCGAACUGCUGGUUGAUUAUCAGAUGUAUGACUACAGUCUGGACAUGUGGAGUUUGGGCUGUAUGUUAGCCAGUAUGAUCUUCCAGAAAGAGCCAUUUUUCCACGGUCAGGACAACUAUGACCAGCUGGUCAGAAUCGCCAAGGUUCUUGGUACAGAAGAGCUGUUUAGCUACCUGAAAAAGUAUCACAUCGAACUAGACACACGCUUCAAAGAUCUGCUUGGGCAGCAGACACGAAAACGCUGGGAGAACUUUGUUCAACCGGAGAAUCAGCACUUGGUGAGUCCAGAAGCUCUGGAUAUGCUGGAUAAACUCCUGCGUUACGACCAUCAACAGAGAUUGACGGCUCAGGAGGCCAUGGAACACCCAUAUUUCUAUCCCGUGCUGAAGGGAAAACCUCUGUCCAAUUCAGAGGGCGCUCUCGCAAUAAGUAGCUCAACCACAACAUGAUGAGCUAAAAGCAGGAAACCUUUUUUACCUCAACACGUCACGUUGAGACGUGCUGCCUUUCAGGUGUGAAACUUCAGUUUACUGGAGCAGAAGUUAUUAAGCAACACAAGACAUGUACAGAUCGAACACGACGGGCAUCAGCCCAGCUCCCACAUUCACCUUGUAUUAGUGCUGCUUGCCACUGUAUCCCUAGGUACCAAACUGGUGUUCUGUUGUUUUUCCUCCCAUCCCCUCCCUGCCCUGGACAUCUCCUUCUGAGUUUUGGAAGAACACUGAAUUAAGCUAUGAUAUUAAGAUUGGGAAAGAAUGCCUGCUCUUUUCUCACGACUCUCAGGCUAUAGAUGACUGACGGGGGCUCAGGAUCCUGCUUGUAUUAUGUACUGGAAGAUUGUGUUGUUCAAUGACUUGGCCUGCUGAUAUGAGCUCAGAUUAUAAACUAUAGUAUUGUCAGGUAUGGAGGCUUUACUGCAAUUUAUUGAAUAUAAGAUAUAUUAAAUGAAACGGUUUGUAA